GUUGCGUCACUCCCUACGGCCACCGGCGCUCGAGUCAAGCUGUCCGCAUCACAUCGUGGCUGCUAUUGUUUUUUUAUUUUUUCUGAAACAGUGGCUGCUAUUGUUGGCCAACUGUGGAUGGCGCAAAUCCAAAAACGUAUAUAUACUCCCGUUGCCCCGAAGCAGAAGCACAGCAAAACCAGAGAGCUUUUGUUGCAAGAAACAGAGCAAUGCAAUCCAGCUAGCUAGUGUCUUUCCUGCAAGAUGGGGCGCCAGAAAGCGAUCCCGCUGAUGGCCCCGUUCAAGAUGGGACCGUUCGAGCUCUCCCACCGCGUGGUGCUCGCGCCGAUGACGCGGUGCCGGGCCGACGGCUACGUGCCGCGCCCGCACACCGCCGUCUACUACUCGCAGCGGGCCACCAGGGGCGGCCUGCUCAUCGCGGAGGGCACGGGCGUGUCCGCCACCGCGCAGGGCUUCCCGGGGUCCCCCGGCGUCUGGACGCCGGAGCAGGUCGCAGCGUGGAGGCCCGUCGUCGACGCCGUGCACCGCAAGGGUGCGCUCUUCUUCUGCCAGAUCGCGCACGUCGGGAGGGUCUCCACCAACGAUUUUCAGCCAGACGGGCAAUCUCCGAUCUCGAGCACGGACAAGCAGGUCUCCCCUGACGCGGAGUCCGGCAUGGUGUACUCCAAGCCGCGCCGGCUGCGAUCCGACGAGAUCUCCGGGGUCGUCGACGACUUCAGGCGUGCCGCGCGGAAUGCAAUCGAGGCCGGGUUCGACGGCGUGGAGAUCCACGGCGCGCACGGGUUCCUCUUCGAGCAGUUCAUGAAGGACGGCGCUAACGACCGCACCGACGAGUACGGCGGCAGCCUGGAGAACCGGUGCCGCUUCACGGUGGAGGUCGUCGACGCCGUCGUCGGCGAGGUGGGCGCGCACCGCGUGGGGAUCAGGCUGUCGCCCUUCGCUGACUAUAUGGACUGUGUGGAUUCCGACCCGGUGGCGCUUGGGCACUACAUGAUUCAGCAGCUCAACAGGCACGAGGGCUUCCUUUACUGUCACAUGGUGGAGCCCCGGAUGGCCAUCGUCGACGGCCCCAGGCAGAUCCCUCACAGGCUCUUGCCGUUCCGAAAGGCGUUCAAUGGCACGUUCAUAGCGGCCGGCGGGUAUGAUCGGGAGGAAGGCAACAAGGUUGUGGAGGAAGGCUAUACAGAUCUCAUUGCAUUCGGGAGGCUUUUCUUGGCUAACCCUGACCUCCCUAGGAGGUUCGAGCUGGAUGCGCCAUUGAACAAGUAUGAUCGCUCCACUUUCUAUACGCAAGAUCCUGUUAUUGGCUACACGGAUUACCCUUUUCUUGAAGAUGACGUACAACAACAGCAAGUCAAGUACUCAGAAGCUUAACAUGUAGUUGAUCGAUUUGAUCAAAACUGAUAACGUGCAUUAUUCAUGCAACAUGAUUUCAUCAAUGAUCUUUACCAUUCUUCAUCUAUGUUGUUUCAUCUGUACUGUUAUGAGGUGAAUCCAGAAAUUAUUAAAAAGUUCUAUCA